AUGAGACCGGGACAGUUUCGGACGACAACAGAAGACGGAAUUUCGUUGCGAAACAAGAAAAAGAUCUGUCACGAUGAUAGAAUCAGGUUGUCACAGCACAUUGGAAAACGCAGAGGAGAAGAAAUUAACGUCGACGACCUGAGGAAAGACCUUUUAUCAGAGUUUCACUCACAGGAGUCGUGCCUAGGAGAGAACGAGCACUUGCAGGUGUACCUCCGCAUUCGACCGUUCGCAUCAAUUGAAAGAGAAAAUGGCGAAUCGCAGGACUGCGUUUCCAUUGAGCCCCCAGACAAGGUGCUCCUCAAGGCUCCAAGGACUUCCCUCUCAGCAAGGCUUAGUGACAAAUCAGUCCCUCAGACAGCUCAACGGUUCCAGUUCUCACAGGUGUUGGGGCCAGAAACCUCUCAGAGGGAGAUGUUUGAUGGCACAGUGAGAAGUCUGGUCAAGGAUGUUUUGGAAGGUGGAAAUUCUCUGGUUUUCACAUAUGGAGUCACAAAUGCCGGAAAGACAUUCACAUUUCUAGGUCCAGAGACCAACGCAGGGAUCCUCCCCAGGUCUUUGAAUGUCAUCUUCAACAGCAUUGAGGGCCAUGUUUACAACCAGAUGACCAUCAAGCCACAGCGAUGCAGAGAGUUCAUCAGGCUCACUAAAGACCAGCAGAGUGAAGAGGCCACUAACAAGAGAAAUCUCUUCAGGCUCCUCAAGGAGAGUGAUAACCCGACAAGCUCCACCAGCCAGACAAGCUCCACCAGCCAGACAAGCAAGACAACCCUGCAAGGGUCCGCACUAAGUGACAUUGAGAGGACUGUGACUGAAGACGCUUUCAGUCUGGUUGUUGACGCACACAUCAAGUUCUCAGUCUGGGUGUCCUUCUGUGAAAUCUACAACGAGAAUAUUCACGACUUGCUGGAGCCCGUACCGAUCGGGGCCCUGAAGAGAUCCACGCUGCGGCUAUCACAGGAUGUCAAAGGCAACUCCUUUGUAAAAGAUCUGAAGUGGAUACAAGUGAACAAUGCGGAGGAAGCCUACAAGGUGAUGAAGCUAGGGAAGAAGAACCAGAGCUUUGCCAGCACGAAGCUCAACCUCCUCUCGAGCAGGAGCCACAGCAUAUUUUCUGUUCGUAUCCUGCGGAUUGAAGAUGCUCGGAUUCCUCGCGUUAACUCUGUCAGCGAGCUGUCCCUGUGUGACCUGGCUGGGUCAGAGCGGUGUGCUAAAACGCAGAAUAAAGGGGAGCGUUUGAAAGAGGCCGGCAACAUCAACACUUCGCUGAUGACUCUGGGCAAGUGCAUCAACGCCUUACGUCAAAGCCAGCAAUCCAAGCUACCACAGCACAUCCCUUUCAGGGAGAGCAAGCUCACCCACUACCUGCAGGGCUUCUUCUGUGGGCGGGGCAAAGCCUGCAUGGUCGUCAACGUCAACCAGUGUGCUUCCAUGUACGACGAGACGCUCAGCGUGCUCAAGUUCUCCGCCGUGGCUCAGAAGGUGGUGGUGCUGACCACUAAGACCGUCCAUCUCGCCGCCAAGACGUCGGCCCGGGAACUGUCCAUGAUCGUCGACCACGCAGACAGGAAGAACCUGUUGGGUCGGCGGAGAAGGAGCUCCCUGGUUGGCUGGGAGACCAGUCUGGAGGAUGUGCAGGAGGACGUUGGUGACAUGGAAGAGGAGAGCAAGGCAGAGGACAGCGUGAUUGAGGAGACCAUGCAAGGAGUGGACGAUGACAAGUUUCUCAUCGAUAGAGAUGCUUAUGAGAGCCAACUCCUCCAGAUGAAGGAGCUCCGGGAACAGCUCCAGAAAGAGAGGUCUGAAAACCUGGCUCUGGAAUCCCGGAUCCGUGACGAGAUCACAAAGGAGUUCUCGGAGCUCUUCUCUGAAAUGCAGACCGACUACAAGGAACGUCGCCAAGAGAAGGAGAUUGUCGAGGAGAGAGCGGAGAGGCGUCUAGAGAUCCUGAAGAAUCUAGUGAACAAGAACACCAGUCAAGAGGAGCUGGAAAGAACCGAUGAAGAACUGGACAGAGCAGAACGAGCCACGAAGGACAGCUCGUCGUUGGGAGGCAUGUUUGACUCCAUGUGCAGCGACCUGGCAGGCAUAAAGAUGGCGGCCGAGGCGGCCAAGAAAUGUCUGGUGGUCGCCCACCCAAGUAGCGACACCGUCUCCAACCUCUCAGAGCAGCUGCCUGUCAAAACCAAUGAACUGGAAAAUUAUUGCAGACGAGCACCGCAAUCAAACGAACAGCUUGACGAGACUCUGGAGUCUCAGGAGCUGAAGUUCUUCGACCUCGUGGAGUUGUGUCAUGAGAAGGACGAGAUGAUCUCCUCGCUUCAGAACACCGUGGACCAGCAGGUCAAAGACACUAUUCGAGGAU